AUGCGAGUCGCAGCGGCAGUGGCAGCUCUAGUCGCUGCAGUGAACGUUGCGCUCGCCGCGGACCCUGCACCAGAGGUCAAAGGCAACCCUCGCGAUGUGAUCUACACGGCUACACUUCCGCAGGAUCCCUUUUUCCACGCACCAGAGCUUGAUGGGAACAUUAGAGGCUUUAUAAGUGCUGCCGCGCCCCCUGACGGCGUGGGAGUUCGAUUCACUGCGCGAUUUGAGAACUUGCCCAAGACAGGCGGGCCUUUUGCUUACCACCUUCAUGUCAACAAAGCAAGUGGCGGUAACUGCACCGCAACGGGCGCACACUUGGACACCAUGAAGCGUGGUGAGAAGCCGCCUUGCGAUGCUGGCGAUCUUCCGUCGUGCCAGGUUGGAGAUCUCGCUGGAAAAUAUGGCAAGAUUACUAGCGACCCGUUCAUUGUCGAGUACGUUGAUAAGUUCGUAUCCCUGAAAGAAGGCGAUGCUGCCUUCUUUGGGAAUCGAUCUUUUGUCAUCCACCUCGCCAACUCGACUCGAAUCACUUGUGCCGACUUUGUCAAGAAUGAGCCCAACGUUCCGACUAUUGUAUUACCCGGAUCUAGUAGUUCCACGAACAAUAGUACCUAUACCCAGACCACGACAACUACUGAUACUCAAGCCUGUGCUUGCAGUGACGAGCAAACUUCCAGUACAACAACACAUUCUACUACAGCUACGGCGACGACGGCGACGACCAGCACGUCCACUACAUCAACAAAAUCUACGCCGACAGGCACAGGGGUUUCCUCUAGCGGGGUUGUCAUGCCUACCCCGACGGUCGUUAUCGCAGCUGCUGGCAGGAGGGUACCGGGGCCGUUGCUGUGGUGGGUGGGAGGCGUGGCGCUGGUGAUCUUUUCUCAUUAG